CGUCUUUGUUUAGUCCAACCAUCCAAGAUGGCGGCGCUUGUGGGACUGCGUGCAUGUUUCUCCGCCCUUCAGCUGUCCUCGCCGAGCCUCCUGCACAGCUCCUUGAAAUUAGGCGCUGUGCCUUUGAGCCGGCGGACCUUUGCUGCAGAGGCCAAGAAGACCUACAGCAGAGAGAAGCCCCACGUGAACGUCGGAACGAUCGGCCAUGUGGACCACGGCAAGACGACCCUGACUGCAGCCAUCACGAAAGUUCUCUCGGAUGCUGGUGGUGCAAACUUUAAAAAGUAUGAAGACAUUGACAAUGCCCCUGAGGAGAAGGCCAGAGGAAUCACCAUCAACGCCUCUCAUGUAGAAUACACCACAGCCAACAGACAUUACGCUCACACAGACUGUCCAGGUCACGCUGACUAUGUCAAGAACAUGAUCACAGGUACAGCCCAGAUGGACGGCUGCAUCCUGGUGGUGGCGGCCACUGACGGCCAGAUGCCUCAGACUCGAGAGCACCUCCUGCUGGCCCGGCAGAUAGGCGUGGAGCACGUGGUGGUCUUCAUCAACAAGGCAGACGCUGUGGAGGACAAGGAGAUGCUGGAGCUGGUGGAGAUCGAGAUCCGCGAGCUGCUCACAGAGUUUGGCUAUGAUGGCGAGAACACACCUGUGGUCAUAGGCUCCGCCCUCUGCGCUCUGGAGAACAGACAGCCUGAACUCGGCGUUGAUGCAGUGAUGAAGCUCCUGGAUAUCGUGGAUUCUUACGUGCCGCUGCCUAAAAGAGAGCUGGACAAACCUUUCCUUCUGCCCAUCGAAGCCGCUUAUUCAAUCCCAGGCAGGGGUACGGUGGUGACGGGAACCGUGGAGAGAGGCAUCAUCAAGAAAGGAGACGAGGCAGAGUUUGUGGGCCACAACCGCAGCUUCAAGUCGGUGGUUACAGGUAUCGAGAUGUUCCACAAGUCUCUGGAUCGGGCCGAGGCGGGAGAUAACCUGGGCGCUCUGAUCCGAGGACUGAAGAGAGAGGAUGUGAGGAGAGGGAUGGUGAUGUGCAAACCUGGAGCCAUCAUGCCUCACCGGAAAGUCAAGGCCCAGGUGUACGUUCUGAGUAAGGAGGAGGGAGGCAGACACAAACCCUUUAUGACCAACUUCAUGCCCGUCAUGUUCUCUUUAACCUGGGACAUGGCCUGCAAAGUCACUCUGCCCGCAGAAAAGGAUAUGGUGAUGCCCGGGGAGGACACCUCGUUGAUGCUCACACUUCGCCAGCCGAUGGUUCUGGAGAAAGGUCAGAGGUUCACUCUGAGGGACGGAAACAAAACCAUCGGCACCGGCCUGGUUACAGACCUCCUGCCUGCUACAGAAGAAGAGCUCAACUGGGGCUGAACAGAAACUCUGCAGAGGGAGCCUGGGUGGGGUGUCCAAUAAUGGAUGUGGAGUGGGUCGUAUGUGGCUGGCUUUAUCGAAUAAUUAUACAAAUAUUAAAAUACAGAACAGGAACACAAAAAACAAACCUCAAAAAAGACAAAAAGGAAUGCAUGGCUUUCUUGUGCAAUUCCACCCAACCAGAGUACAUGUUAUGUUUAGCACUAUGUUUAUGUUUAAAGGGCCAGACUGUCAAAAUAAUGUCAUUUAUGUAAUAAAAUGUAUUUAAUAAAAUCCAUCCUUUCUUC